GGUUCUAUGAAGAGAACAAAGUUGGAAUGUCUUAGGUCAUGAUGUUCUAUCACCAGGGUAACAUUACAGUAGGCUGAUCCAAACCAGUGGACUUCAAACAGGCUUUGGGUUGCUGUGCAUUAAAGGACAGCAGGAAUCAUUUGAUGAUUCCUUUGCCAGCACAAUGACUUCUACAAACAGGACCAGUGAAAGAAUUGAAAAGCUUAAAGCAAGCAGACAACGUCUCCUGGAGGAAAUAAAUGAAAAGCGUGAAUCCAACUGCUUUGUGGAAAGAAGCAAUCAAGUUAGCUCACUGAGAGUUCAAAAGAGGCAUUUCAGCACCGCCUGUCAGUCCUCUACUCACACUCAAAUUAAAGAAUCUGUUCCUGACAGUGGCAGGAGCUCCUGGAUUAAACGGAGUCUCCUUGCUCACCCAGAGAAAAAGCACUUUCCUGCAAAAAGUAUGAUGGCCACAACCUGCAUAAUAACAUUUUCUGAAGCAGCAGCCAGAAAACAUGCAAGACACAUAUCUCAUUUUGGACCAGUCACAUUUCAAGUGCUGAACAGCUGUAUGUGGUUACUACAUUGGACAGUGAAGAUUAUCAAUGACUGUUUUCUUUGAUACUAUUUUGGCAGAUAUUGCUAUAGUCUAUAUUCUAAAUUUAAGUGUUAUCUUUUGUAUUUGAUUAAAAGUGGAGU